AUGGGGCAGCAGGUGGGCCGCGUCGGGGAGCCGGGCGCGGGGCUCCAGCAGCAGCAGCAGCAGCCGCGGGGACUGCGGGGGAACAGCGCGGCCAGGCCGGCGGGCCGCCGGCGGGAGGCGGCCGGGCGCUCCGCAGAGGGAGGAUUCAACGUCUUCACCCAGCACGGACAUUUUGCAAACUGCCCCAGGACUGGCUUUGCAGGUGAUAAAAGAGCAGGCACAUCAGCAGAGGCCUUGCACCGCCCCUACGGUUGCGACCUCGAGCCCCAGGCACUGAACGAAGCCAUCAGAUGGAGCUCCAAGGAGAACCUGCUUGGAGCCACUGAGAGCGAUCCCAAUCUCUUUGUUGCACUUUACGAUUUUGUAGCAAGUGGUGACAACACACUCAGCAUCACCAAAGGUGAGAAGUUGCGAGUCCUGGGUUACAACCAGAAUGGUGAAUGGAGCGAGGUACGUUCGAAGAAUGGGCAGGGCUGGGUACCAAGCAACUACAUCACUCCAGUGAAUAGCCUGGAGAAGCACUCCUGGUACCACGGGCCGGUGUCCCGCAGUGCAGCAGAGUAUCUGCUGAGCAGCCUCAUCAAUGGCAGCUUCCUGGUCCGGGAGAGCGAGAGCAGCCCAGGGCAGUUGUCCAUCUCGCUCAGGUACGAAGGACGUGUUUACCACUACAGGAUCAACACCACCUCGGAUGGGAAGGUCUAUGUGACAGCAGAAAGCCGUUUCAGCACCCUGGCAGAGCUCGUGCACCAUCACUCAACAGUGGCAGAUGGCCUGGUGACAACUCUGCAUUACCCAGCACCCAAGUGCAAUAAGCCCACCGUGUAUGGAGUGUCCCCAAUCCAUGACAAGUGGGAGAUGGAGCGCACCGACAUCACCAUGAAGCACAAGCUUGGGGGAGGGCAGUAUGGAGAGGUCUACGUGGGGGUCUGGAAGAAAUACAAUCUCACAGUGGCUGUGAAAACGUUAAAGGAAGAUACCAUGGAGGUGGAAGAGUUCUUGAAAGAAGCUGCUGUGAUGAAGGAGAUCAAGCAUCCAAAUCUAGUUCAGUUGUUAGGUGUGUGCACCCUGGAGCCCCCCUUUUACAUUGUGACGGAGUACAUGCCCUAUGGGAACCUGCUGGACUACCUGCGGGAGUGCAACCGCGAGGAGGUCAGUGCUGUUGUGCUGCUCUACAUGGCCACCCAGAUCUCCUCUGCCAUGGAGUACCUGGAGAAGAAGAACUUCAUCCACAGGGACCUGGCAGCAAGGAACUGCUUAGUUGGAGAAAACCACGUGGUGAAGGUGGCUGACUUUGGCUUAAGUCGACUCAUGACUGGUGAUACCUACACAGCCCAUGCUGGGGCCAAGUUCCCAAUCAAAUGGACAGCUCCCGAGAGCCUGGCCUACAACACCUUUUCAAUCAAAUCAGAUGUGUGGGCUUUUGGGGUGCUGUUAUGGGAAAUUGCUACCUAUGGGAUGUCACCAUACCCAGGCAUUGACCUCUCUCAGGUGUAUGAUCUGCUGGAAAAGGGCUAUCGGAUGGAGCAACCAGAGGGGUGCCCUCCCAAGGUGUAUGAACUGAUGAGGGCAUGCUGGAAGUGGAACCCACCAGACCGACCUUCCUUUGCUGAAACCCACCAGGCUUUUGAAACCAUGUUCCAUGACUCGAGCAUUUCAGAGGAGGUAGCAGAGGAGCUUGGGAGAACAGCCUCGUCCUCAUCCAUAGUUCCUUACCUGCCCCGCUUACCCAUGCUUCCCUCCAAGACGAGAACGCUGAAGAAACAGGCAGAGAACAAGGAGAACAUUGAAGGAGCACAGGACACUGUGGAGCACUCGGCGUCCAGCUCAGCACCAGGUUUCAUCAGAAGCACACAGCCAACAGGCGGAUCCCCCGCACUGCCCCGCAAGCAGAGGGACAAGUCCCCCAGCAGCCUCCUGGAGGAUGCCAAAGAGACCACGUUCACCAGGGAUAGGAAAGGGGGCUUCUUCAGCUCCUUCAUGAAGAAGAGGAACGCUCCCACACCUCCCAAGCGCAGCAGUUCCUUCCGGGAGAUGGAGAACCAGCCCCAUAAGAAAUACGAGCUGACGGGUAACUUCUCCUCUGUUGCUUCCUUGCAGCACGUGGAUGGGUUCUCCUUCGCUCCCGCACAGCAGGACACGAGCCUGGCACCCCCCAAGUGCUAUGGAGGGGGCUUUGUGCAGAGGACCUUCUACAGCGAGGAGGGCACUGGGUCCAGCAGUGCUGGGGGUGUGAGCACUGGUGGAGGGUGGUCAGGCAUCACUGGCUUCUUUACGCCGCGCUUGAUUAAAAAGACGCUGGGUUUACGAGCAGGAAAACCCUCUGGCAAUGAAGAAGUUUCAAAGCCUUUUCCAAGGUCAAACUCUACAUCUUCCAUGUCCUCAGGGCUUCCAGAGCAGGAUAGGAUGGCAAUGACCCUUCCCAGAAAUUCCCAGAGGUCAAAAAUUCAGCUGGAACGGACUGUGUCUACCUCCUCCCAGCCCGAUGAGAGCACAGGGAGGGCCAGUGACCUGAUUACCAAAAGGUUUGAAGAAGGCCCUGCUUUGACCAGAGAGAGACCAAAAGCAAAACUCUUGCCGAGGGGUGCCACAGCACUCCCUUUCCGAACUCCCUGUGCAUCAGAAGAAAAGGAGGGUCCAGGGCUACUGGCAGCUUCUAAGGGGAAAGAAAAAAACAGUGGCCCACGACAAGGGGCCCUUGAGGAUGGCGAGAGGCCGGGGUGGUCAUCUCCAGUAAAGGCUGCAGCAAUACUUCCAACCACUCAUAACCACAAAGUGCCAGUCCUAAUCUCACCCACUCUAAAACACACUCCAGCAGACGUGCAGCUCAUUGGCACAGACUCUCAGGGUAAUAAAUUUAAGCUCUUAUCUGAGCAUCAGGUCACUUCUUCCGGCGACAGGGACCGGCCCAGACGGGUAAAACCAAAGUGUGCUCCACCUCCGCCCCCGGUGAUGCGGCUCCUCCAGCAGCCAGCUGCCUGCUCGGAUGCAGCAGAAGAGCUGAGCAGCGUGGCAGGAGUGCAGCACGAACUGGAAUCCAACGAAGGGAGUAAGAAGGCAGCAGCAGCACCUGUUGGUGGAAAAUCUGGGAGGCCGGUGAUGCCUCCGCCUCAAGUGCCUCUGUCAUCGUCUUCCACCUCCCCAGUGAAAAUGGCCAACGGCACGGCCGGCACCAAGGUAGCGCUGAGGAAGACCAAACAGGCAGCUGAGAAAAUCCCCGCAGACAAGAUCAGCAAGGAGGCGCUGCUGGAGUGCGCGGAUCUCCUCUCGAGCGCCAUCGCCGAGCCCACGCCCAACAGCCAGCUGGUGGACACGGGGCACCAGCUGCUGGAUUACUGCUCAGGCUACGUGGACUGCAUCCCGCACACGCGCAACAAAUUUGCCUUCCGGGAAGCCGUGAGCAAACUGGAACUCAGCCUGCAGGAGCUGCAGGUGUCCUCGACAGCUGCUGGCGUCCAUGGGGCAAACCCCGUCCUUAAUAACUUAUUGUCAUGUGUCCAAGAAAUCAGUGAUGUGGUGCAAAGGUAG